UGUUUAGAUUUGUGUUAUUUGGCAUAGCAACUAUAUUAACUGGUUCUUUUUGAUCACAAGUAUUGAUAUUUGUGUUUGUUGUGUUUGUUUAUUCCAUAAACAGUUUACACAGCUUAUUGUGUUCCAAAAAAAUGGCAAGACAUUCAGUGAUAAAUGCUCUGUGGCUUUGCAAAGUAGUCCCAUGUGAUAUCCCAGCAAUGUCAUGGAUUAAAAUUAGAACUGGGCUGCAUUACAUUUCACUUAAUUGGAGUCUGUAUCAGAGACAGACAUUAGUAACACAGACAAGAUUCAUAACCUCGCUCUGCUCUUGCACAGAAAUCAAUGAGUCGUGGAAAAUCUGUGAAUACAUCAAAUGAUUUAGCUCAUAUGUUGGAUUAUAAUGAUGAUGGCAAUCAGUGUACUACUAUUCAAAAGCAGAUACCUAUGGCCGAACUGGAAUGUGUAAGAACCAUGACUGAAACUGCACCAUGCAUUGGAUCGUUCUCUGCUGUUAAGACACUUUGGGAAGUGAGAAUUCAGAAAAUAAAUGAAGAACUACGGAAGGAAAAGGAAUUCAGACAGAGGGCUAUAGGCAGACUGACGCUUGUCUGGGAAGAAAGAGUCAGUUUAGCCAAGCUCAAAGAAAAAGUCAUCACUGCAGAUGGAAGGGUUAUAUUAAAGAUAGAACAAGAAGAAUGGAAGAUGUUACCUUCUUGCUUACUGAAACUGAACCACCUUCAGGAAUGGCAGCUUCACAGAAUUAGUUUGGUGAAAAUUCCUGAAUUCAUUGGAAGGUUUCAAAAUCUCAUUGUACUGGACCUAUCCCGAAAUGCCAUUGAAAAGGUACCUAAAGAGAUUGGCCAACUGCCUAACCUCCAAGAGCUGCUUCUCAGUUAUAAUAAAAUUAAAUCUGUUCCGAAAGAGCUAAGUAACUGCAUCAGCCUGGGAAGACUGGAACUGGCUGUGAACAGGGAUAUCUGUGACCUUCCACUUCAGCUCAGUGACCUAAAGAAGCUUUACCAUGUAGAUCUGAGUAUGAACCAGUUUACUACCAUCCCUUCAGCUCUCCUGAACAUGCCAAGUCUAGAAUGGUUAGACAUGGGGAGCAACAAACUUCAGCAACUCCCUGAUACCAUUGACAGAAUGGAGAACCUACAUACUUUAUGGCUCCAACGGAAUGAAAUAACCCAUUUACCAGAAACCAUCAGUAAUAUGAAAAAUCUGAGUACGCUUGUCCUCAGCAACAACAAACUCCGGGAUAUUCCUGCUUGCAUGCAACAAAUGACAAAUCUCAGAUUUGUCAACUUCAGAGACAACCCACUGCAGCUGCAGGUAACACUUCCCCCAUGCAAGAAUACUGAAGAGGAGGAGGAACGGGAACUGUUUGGUAUUCAGUUUAUGCAUAUGUAUAUUCAAGAGUCACUCAGCAGAGCAGGUAUGAGAUUUGUAUUGUCUGUAACUAGAGUACGAAUAAAAAAUAUUAGAAAACAUUAAAAUGCAGUCAAGCAGAAUUAGGGUGUAUCUAUACUGGAGCUGGAAGGUGUGAAUUCCAGCUUGAGGAGACAUACAUGAGCUAACAUGCUAAGAACAGAAAUGUAGUUACCCCGAAUAUGAUCCUGGUACGUACUUAACUAACAAGCCUUUCCUGUCAUGUGUUCCACUGUGGUGACACUUCUAUUUUUAGCUCGCUAGCUUAAUCACAGCUAGAACAGAUAUGUCUCCUUGAACUGGAAGUUACACCUUCCAGCUCCACCGUACACAUAUGCUUAGAGAAAGAGGAGUGUGGCUCCCCACCUUUCUUUGCCUGGGGGGAGCUCAACUGCCCCUUCAUUCUUGGAUGUGCUGUGAAGACUCACGAGGUAGGAAACACUGAAGAGGGAGUAGCAGGAGAAACUGAUGCUUUUGUCACAGAGUUUCUGGAGUUCCCAGCAUUUCCUGCCAAUAGGUGGAAAAACACCAACAUGUAAUGAGGAAAUAUGAGGUGUUUCCAGGAAGAUCUAGUCACCUAAGUGAAAUAAAGUAGCUAUUUCACCCCAUUUUCUCCUGGAAAAGUAGCCAUACAACAAAGCACAUCAACUAGCACUGUCUGCUGAGAGAUAAG